CGUCAAAUUCCGCUCAAGUAUUUCAACGUGAGUUUCAAAGCCUUCCCGCCAGACCCACCACCUCCGACCUCAACAUGAAACCCAUCACCUACCUCACAUUCCUCCUCGGCCUCUCCGCAACCACCGCCCUCGCCGCUCUCCGCCCCGACGCAACCCCCGAAGAGGUCGCCGCGGCGGAAGCCGAGUGCGGGUCCCUGGGCGUGAUGAGGAUCGACCCAGCCGAGCUGCCCGAGGGCGUGACGAUGGCCGACGUCCGCAUGUGCGCCGACCAUCCCCUCGGCGCCCGAGCGAUCCCGGGUCUGGGUCCUGGGACUUUGGCCAGGUUCCGUCGGUUCUUGCCAAGUUGGAUGUUCUGAGCGGACGACCGGCUUCGGGAAGGGGAUCCGAGGCCCUGUAGCGAGUAGGUAGGUAGUCCGGCGCGCGGUGUUUCUUUGGCGUAUGUAGGGGCAUAUUUGUUUACGUCAAACAUGGCUUACCGCGCCCCGGCAACGGGUGGGAGGGAGCAGACGAUCGGGGAUGGACUUCUGGGAGAUGGAUGGAUGUUGUUUGAUGUUGAUUUUUGGGACAAAGGUUGAAUGGUAUAGUGUGGCUGGGGAAUAUUAUCCGGAUAUCACGACGUAUAAGAUUCAGGGAUAAUUAUCAUGAGCAGUUU